AUGGGAGACAUUGAUUCAUUAACAGAAGCAUUUGCAAUUUCUCAAGUUGCAAAAUCAGAAAACAGUACUGCUGCUCCACAUCCGUAUUUUUCAAGCUUAUACAAGAAGAAAUCCUCGAUUACUCAAGAGGAGAGAAGAAAAAGAUUUUUAGAAGCUCAAAAGCAGAAGCGCUUUGAUUAUGCUAAGCAUGCUCGGAGAUUAGCAACAUCGGAAUGGUCUGAUGGAGAUGAAUAUGAUGAAAAUGAUGAUGAAGAGAUGGACUGUGAGGAAUACAUUCGAAAACCUUCUAGGUCCUACAAAAAUCAGCUUAUGUUAUCUGAAUGGCUUGUUGAAGUACCCAAUGAUUUAGCUGAAGAAUGGACACUUGUUCUUUGUCCUGUUGGGAAACGCUGCCUUGUAAUCUCUACCAGGGGAGUUACUAAAGCUUAUGCUCGGAAUGGAUAUUUUCUUCAGAGCUUUCAGUCUUUCAUUCCUGGUGGAAGCCGACAAGUUCAGGAUGUCUCUGGUGGUGCUUAUACAAUAUUAGACUGUAUAUAUGUUGAACUAACAAAAACAUACUAUGUGCUAGAUGUAAUGUGCUGGAAUUCUCAUCCUCUAUAUGAUUCUGAAACUGAAUUUAGAUUUUUUUGGAAGUCAACCAAGUUUGAAGAAAAUGCUGCUGUUCAAAGUGAAGCAAAGAAUAAUCCAUACAAGUUUAUUCCUCUGCCUCAUUACAACUGUGACACAGAAUCCAUACGCAACACUUUGCAUUCUCCUUUACCAUUUGACUGCAAGCUUGAUGGCCUUCUAUUUUUUCAUAAAAGAUCACAUUACUUAUGUGGAACCUCACCUUUGGUAACAUGGUUGAAACCUUACAUGGUUCCUGAAAUAUUGUCAAUCGAAGUUCCCGCUUCCCUGUGUACUGACAGACCAGCUGAUUAUGUCUGCAUGCAGCAACAUCUACCUAAAGCUUUCAAAAAAAAUGAAGAAAGGAAGAACAAAGAAGAACUUAACAUGCAAUAUGAGGAUGAUGGUUGACUUCGUUUUCCUGAAGUUUUAUUUUCCAUAAAGAUGUCUUAUGUUUCAUCAAUAGGGUCGAUUCACAAUAUUUUGGAAAAUCACAGUCCGUAUUAGUUCGUAACCUGACUUUUUUUGUCAUAACUAUUUAAUUUGCUGUUUGGUUAGCACAUUAUUUUAUUUUGGGUUUGUCCUACUAAUACUCAAAGUCAAACUAAAAUUAUAUGCUAAUCAAACAGCAAAUUAAGCAGUUAUGGCAAAAAAGAAGUGUCAUGUUAUGGACUCUGCAAUUGUCCAAAAUACUGUGAAAUGACCCAAUAGCUUUCAUGAUGUAAAAUGUUGGGAUCAAAUUUAAUUAUAUUAGUUCACUUUCACAACAAUCUGACUGUUGUUGCAUGAUACACAUUUGAAAGACUAACUCUGCCCUGUGCAGGUAAAGGGCAGUAACUGCAAAUUUAUCUUUUUUUUUUUUUUUUUUUUUUGCAUUUUUGUCAUCUAUUGUAGAUUAUCAGGGAAAAAAGGCGCAAAAAAACCCCGCCUAAUUCCAACAUUUUCUUACUAUUAGUAUUAAAUCCACCACACAUCUCUUCAAAUAUCUCGAAAACUCAUUUCUGCAGAUACUGCCUUUUACAUGCACAAGGCAGAAUUCUUCAUCGUCUACUCAUGUAUUUUUUAAAAUUUCUUCUAUUUGGUGUUACCUUAGUGUUCAUUGUUUUUCAGUGAAGUAUUCCCUUAAGUGCCAUUCUCAUUUACAAUUACAAAAUUUUAUUUGCAUGUAAUCUGAUCUAAUGGACACUCUGUGAUAAUCUUGCAUAUCAGGUUUAAUUUUGUCUUUCAGAGCAUGCAUAUGUUUUUGCUGUGAUAAAUUGUUUUUUCUUCAUUUGUAUUAUGCAAAAAAAAAGAAAAAAGGAGAAUAAAAUAAGAAGA